AAUACGAAUACUAUUUCGGCACUACGUGCCUCAAACCUGGCCCUCAUCGAGGAAUUAACCAGAAAGCUAGGGCAUUACGUGCCCAGUUCGGGCAUAGCCCUCACACUGGGCCCGCAAAUGACGACACGCGACUGA